AUGCGGAAGAACUACCUUUGGUGCGAGGGCAAGAAGGCGAACUCAUUGGCAGUGGAGGAGUUUGACUACAUCUUUGUUUCUGCAACCACCGGCUUCUGCGCUUCUUUUCUGCGCUACCACGAUGCGUUGCAGUUCCGUGGGUACGUCAGUUCUAAAGCCAUUGCAUGGGCGCAGCUGACUAGCCUUUGGCCUGAUGAUCACUCACAUCAGCGCUUCAACCAAGAUUAUGGCCAAGCACGCUUGCUCUUCCAUGUCAUCGCGGAGUUUAAGGACAUGUGGAAGCUUCAUUCCCGGAAGGACAAAGAACGUCUCCUGCGAAGCAUUGAGAUCGACAACCCCUUGCAGCUUGCGCACCUGUGUGAAAACCAUGUUUGGUGGCAGCGAAUUGCAACUCCCAAGUCUCUGGCCUCCAGCGUCCGUGAAUUUGCCAUGGACGGUCACGAAAAGAUUGCUACAGCCUGUGCCGAUAACCCUCCUAAACAUGGCGGCCGUCCUCGCUCAGAUGGGGCCAUUGCUACAGCCUUAGUCUCGGAGCUUUUGCCCCUCUACAAGAACUACUGGACCAUCGACAAGUUCCACGCACGUGGACACGGUCCCGACUGCAAGUGUUCACUGCUCAAUCAUAAGCGGCUUGAGCGGAGAUUGAAGGAAGUUAACACUUCGAUCUCAUGGUUCAGGGGGUACUCCAGUACAUUCAGUUCCAUGAAUCCCAAUGUGCAGCUGUUUUACGUCCUCGCCUAUGCUCGGCGACGCAAUGCCAUGGAAGCGGACGGGGGCAUCGAGCACCAAAAUCCUUGGCCUGCGCAUAAGCAGGCCAUGAAGAAGGCGGCCGCUUGGAAGAAACCUGCCAGCCACAGCUACAAUUGCAAAGCAGUGGCCAAGACUCACGUAAAGAAGAAACCAGCUGCUAAGAAGUAG